AAAAUUAUAAAAAGGAUCACUUUAUUUAAUACUAUUGUAUAUCUACUAUAAGUAAGCCAUUGUAGCAGUUAGAGAAAAAGAGUCCUCAGCCCUGCUCUCAAGAAGGCAAAAGUCCUAUGGCAAAAGACUUAUACCUUUCCAGUUUCUUCAUUCCUAUCAUUUUAUGGUCCCUGACAUUGAUCAGAGAGUGUAGCCACCAAAAAGCAAAGCCUUGACUGUCCCCUUCUCCAAGGUUAAGACAUGGAACAGUUAAUAGGAGGUUGAAAAGAAUCAGGAAUGUUUUAUUACUUUUGCUACCUCAAUUUUUCCUCUUCCUCUGUAGGGACUUGUGUGCCCCAACUUGUUUGGGGACUUGUGUGUCUUCUUGGGAAAUACAACACGUUGGGAAACUUUUAAAAAGGCCAUGGUAGAGGCCCAGGAAAGGAAAUACAGAGUUGCUGGUAUAUCUUCUUUAAUAUCAGGUUGUUUGGGGGAAGUAAUGGGUCUUUUUGAAGUUUCUGCAUUUUGUGGUUUAUCUCAUUAGGGUGGAAGUCAUGAUAGUCAGGGUGGAUAAGGAGAAUGUAUGUUUGGCUUCACAUAAUGUACUUUUUGGGACCUUAAGCAUAGUGAUAGGCAGCUACAUUCAAAGCUAGGUUUGAAGCAGUGAAGGAAUCCUAUGUAAAAGAAGUUUACAACAAAUUACAGUGUCUGAAGUCAUGACAGGACAGGCGUUUAGAAAGUUUACUUCCCUCUUUGACCGAUUUUUAGUUGAAAAGAGUGCAGCUGAAACUGUUACCAAAGGAGGCAUUAUGCUUCCAGAAAAAUCUCAAGGAAAAGUAGUAGUAACUGUUGAACCAGGCUCUAAAAGAAAGGGUGGAGAGAUUCAGCCAGUUAGCGUGAAAGUUGGAGAUAAAGUUCUUUUGCCAGAAUAUGGAGGCACCAAAGUAGUUCUAGAUGACAAGGACUAUUUCUUACUUAGAGAUGGUGACAUUCUCGGAAAGUAUGUAGAUUGAAAUAAAUCAUUAUUGAAUGGCAUCACAUGAAGCUGCCCAUUCCACUGAGGCUGUGAAAUCUUUCAUCAUGUAAAUAAUUUUCAUGCCUCCUUUAUAAUAAAUGAAUGGUAUCCAAACUAAGCAAAAAAACAAACAAAAACCAGGUUUACAAAUAGUGCAAAUCAGGGUGUGAUUAGUGCAAUGGUAUUCUAGAGAAGGGAGGCUGCUAUUAGCCAUGUGGGAACAGAACAUAACAGGACACUUAUUUUUGCAAAAAGCAAAUGACAAUAAACAAUGACACAGUAGUAAAGACAGUGGGGUAUGGAAAACCAUAGGACUACAGAUCAAGAAAGCCUCUCCAUGUGAUCCUGGCCAAAUCGCUUUCACUUCUGGGGGCUCUUUAUCCCCCCCCCGCUUUUUUUUUAGACAGAGACAGCACAAGUGGGGAAGGGGCAGAGAGAGGGAGGGA